AUGAACGAUGCGGGCUACCCUUUCCGAGGCGAAUACAAAAUGGAGCCGCCACUCAAUCACGGACACACGGGGGCGCUUCGAAAGGGUUCUACCGUCCUUAUGCUCCGCAUAACGGGUGCCAACCUCGUUAUUGAGAAGCUACAGCAGGGUAAAGGACAGACGUUACAGUGCGAACUCGCUGUGGACAGUGGCCCGACAAGGGCAAUUGUCUUCCCAUUCGGCAGCUGUGCGGUGCCCGUACCUGACGACGGCCGUGAUUACCAACUCAACGCCGUGGUGCAGGGAGGUGGUGUGAAACACCAGUGCAAGCUUAUUUUAAGUGGAAGCGAAGGGAGAAGUGUCCUGCGACUGCGAGCACCGCCGGAUCCUCGGCUCACAGAUGGCAUUGUCUUAACUGUGGACGGAGAGAGGAUUUACCCCAACGAAGGCUGGUAUGAGAUUCCCAUUCAAGCCAAAGAGUGUUCCUUGGAGACGGCAGAAAUAAGGGAUCCACGGCGUCUCUCUCCCUCACUUGCAACUACACAAGUGCCAACCCCUGCCACCAUUUUGGUUCAAACCACCGCUGGGAAUGAGGAUAACGCUGUUCUUUUCUGCAGUGGGAGCGGUGAGUCUCUUCACCUCACACCGAACCGUGCCGUCUCAGUUGCAGUGGAAAGUGGUCCAUUUACAUUUCAACUGCCUCGUGUUGCAGCGACACAGCAGUUCAUCUCCUCUAGAGCGUUCACUUCUUCAUAUGAGGAACCUGUGGCGACGGAUUUUUCUGCACCUCGUGUUCCAGAAUUAGAGACAAUGUGUGUGCCAGCUCCCUCUGGGGAUACAUCACCACCAACAUUUGUCGCCACAGCUGAAGGUUUUAUGAUUGAGUUGAUUGGAGACAAUGGAUCAUCCGCGUCGGGAUAUGGGACUGCUCAACUUCGCCUUCCUGAUAGAAUGGAGCAUCGGGUUCGUACCAUUAUCAUGGAUCCUUCCGGGCGAACGCUGCUUCGUCACAAUACGGUGGUGCCGUCAACGGAACGAACCUCUUUGGUCUUCAGAAUUGCGGAGGGUGCGCACGGGGCACGGUUUAUCAGUGGAAAGCAUCCUUCUCGAAUCAGUGUUGACAAUCUUCCACCCGUCAGUGGUGAUGCCGGGGUGUAUGUUGAUAGUGGCACGCCUCAUGUCGUGACCGUGCAGGAUGAUGCCUCACUUGCUGUGUUUGAGAUUGGAUCACAGCAAGGCACUUUCCAUCAACCCAUCGCAGAAGCAGCUCGCACUGAAGCUGAACCGUGGAUUGCACAGCUUGCAAAGGCCUUGCAAAGUCCCGAUCUUGAUACUGCUCAGCGUGUAAUUCAAGGCAUCAUUCCAACCACCUCUGAAGCCACAGCUAUUUGUGGCUUUGUCUCGGAGGAAUUAUUCAGGAAACCAGCCAGAAUAUCUUUCAACAAGAUAAACGAAACUGUGAAUGAGAUUCAGUGUGUGGGGUACGGCAUCACAGCUGCUGUGGACAAUGGGUCACCCUAUAAAAUUGCUGCGGGUGGAAGUGUACAAGUGCCGUGGGGUCAUAGCAUAACCUUGACUGCCGCCACGCUUUCCACGGGGCGUACCGUUGCCAGCUGCUGUCUGAACAACCUACCUAUAGAUAAAAAUUUAGAUGAGCUACUUGUUGCUCGGCUGCUUGAAACGUUUCAGAGGCAUAGCACGAGUUUGGACAAGGUAGUGUCGGAGUUGUCAAAUAUUACAUCAAGUCAGUCUUCCAACGGUCAACGACUGUUACCGCUUCUUGUGGACUGUUUGCGUCGCCUACAAAGUCAUCUUCAACGUCCCAUUUAUUUGAGGACUGCUGAGACUCCUGAAAACACGCAACUGUUUCUCACCCUCGAUGACAGACCACAAAUACAACUCUCACCCCACACCACAACGGAGGUCCCACGUGAGACGAAUAAUAUUUGCAUAUCACUUCGCCGAUCAACCUUGCCUGUGCAACCACCGCGAAAUGAGCUUGCUAAGGCGUUGGUGAAUGCUUUUUAUCUCCCAUCACCGCCGCCGCUUCCAGUCCGUUGGGGAUCCAUUCCCACAGAAGUUCAAGAAGAGCGUGCUCUGUUGGAUUUACUGCUACAACUUAUACGCGAUCAUGAGAAUGAGUUGGCACGGCAGCGUGCUCAAGGUGUUGCUGCAGUUUUAACAGAUUCUCUUCAGUUUACCUGUGAGGGUGGAUGUCUGAAAAAUGUUAGAACGGAGAGACCGUGUCGACUAACUGUGGAUGUGGAUGGAACUGGUUUCAUGAACGUGGAACAAGGUGGUCAGAUACCGCAGGGGUAUGCGUUUCCUCCAGGCUCUGUGCAUCGUGUUCACAUCUUAGCACGUGAUCCCAUAAGUGGUGUACCUUGUGCUGAAACUCGAGUCACGUUGAUGGCUCCAGACUCGGUAGCAAUGCCUGGACAAGUGACUUCUUCAGUUUCUUGCUUUUUAGAUGCCAGUGUUUUGCAACUGCAGGAAGAGGUACAACUUCGACUCGUCUGCCCUCCACACCUUCGUAUUGUCUCGGAAGUAGAUGGCAAUGGUGGUGGCAACACUGGGAAGGCGGAGUUUGUUGUGAGGAUGAGUUCUGCACGUCCACAUAACGUGAAUGUGCGGCUAAUUGACGAUGCUGGGGGGGUGGUGUUUGAGCAACGUCUUGCUUUACCUCCAAUGAUGGCAUCCCUGUGGUCUCUCGGGCUUGAAAAUGCGUCACUGCAAGUGGAUGCCGUUAAUGGGGGUAGGGGCGGAACCAUUGUGAAGGCCUCGUUGGAUCGAUCGCCAGAGAGGGACCUUACUGUAUCCUUGCCUUUUGACAGCAAUGCUCCACAUACCAUUUUGUUGCGCAGAUAUUUUGUGGGACAGGAAACUUGGAACACGUAUGCUGGGGAGCUUACCCUGCGUAUCCCCGCAUUUGUCAACCCUGCGUAUGUGGAGGACGUUGCUCGCGUGUACCGAAAUGCACGGUCAGAUGGGAACGAGGAGCUGCGCACUCGUCUCACGGAACUUCGCUCCCGCAUCCCGUCCAGCGUUGUGAAAGAGCUUAUUUCCGCGCUUAUAGAGUCUCUGGCUGUCUCUCCUCACGCCGUCCGCGGCAACGACAGCGAUGUUCAUGUCCACUUUAGGCUCAGCGGAGAUGAGUCGUCUUUUGCUCGUUGA